AUGGUCUACAUGAGGUUUGAGCAGCAGGUCAUCUCUAUCGCCAGGUACGUUCGACCCAAUCGCCAGACCAUGAUGUGGAUUUCGAGAAGACCAAGGAAUCUCUACCGGCUUGUUGACGCACUGCUUAAGCUUUACGUUGAAAUUCGCAUCGAGAUGUAUCCAGCUUCUCCAUACCAGAGCGUUGAACACGAAGUACUCGUCACUGCCGAAGCUGAGAAAAAGCCCGAGAUUGUUGCACUCCUGGAGCACAUUUUGGACGCGCAAGUGGGAGCAGCUGCCGGAAAAAUUAUCGUUUUUGCCGAAACAAAGAAGCGCGUUGACGACCUUUUGUCAAACAUGCGUAUUCGCGACUGGCCUGUCAUCGGCGUCCACGGCGGGACUUCGGAUAGCGUGUGGAAUUGGGCGCUGGCGGCGUUUCGCCGAGGCAAGACGCCUAUCCUUGUUACGACCGACGUUGCCACGAGGCAACUGCCCUCUGGCGAUGUGCGCUUUAUGGUGAAUUACGAUUACCCGAGCAGCGCCGAGGCAUACUCGAGGCGAAUUAGUCGUGCGUCGCAUUCAACGGUUUUAGAGGCUGGCGUUGCAUACACGUUUAUUGAGCCGGAUGACUGCCGAUGA